CACUACCGGAAGUGACGGAAACCGCCGGUUGCCAUGGAGACAAGACACGCCGUUGUACUGUAAAUCCAGCUCCUGAGGCCGCUAUGGGUGAGAUGGAAACCGGGGGAAAUUCGUACAUUAUCCGCCCCAACUUCCAACACAAGUGAGUAUGGCCCCAGUGUUUACAUUGGACGGACAGUGAGAGGGGCGAUGAGCUAAGUACAGGGGGUUGUAUAAUUAAUAUUUGGAUUUCACACAGACAGUAUGGCGCAUAUAAGCCAAUAUAGCACAUGGUAUGUAUCACAGGGAGCGUAGCAGAGCUAUAUGGUAUACACAGCAUCAUGUAUACAGGGGUCAUGGGCGGCAAUAUACAUAGAUAUUAAUGUUACACGAGUUUCACUUAGUGCCAGACUAGCUGGAGUGGCAUAGGUUUAUCACCCCCUAUACAAUUACUUUUCACCAGUUACCCAAUCAGCCAUUUGUACUAAAUUAAUGUAUAGGAGCUCUGUUUAAAAAGAAACACUGGACACACCAUAACCACUGCAGCACGCAGAGUGUCCUGAUAUCAGUAAGCAUUUUCAAUGCUUUCCUAUGGAGAGGUCUAAUGUGCAUGCGCGGCAUCAGUCUCCCCCGCCGGCUGACGUAAUGAAGGGCAGGAGCGGCGGCGGAGUAAAUGGGACAUGUUGCUGCCUCUGGUAAGUGACUGAAGGGGUUUUCACCCCUUCAGCAACUGGGGAUGGGAGGAGAGGGGACCUGCAGUGCCAGGAAAACUGAUUGUUUUCCUGGCACUGGAGAGUCCCUUUAAGAGAUGCCCCACCAUGGGGCCAUUUAUUGAGGGGGAAGGGAGUGGGUUAUUUGAAAAAAAUUUGCUCACUGUUUACUAGAUAUGCCUCUACUCGCGGUAUAGCGAGUAGCGUAUGUGUUAUUGUAUGCAGUGUGUGUGUGUUGUGUUAUUGUAUGCAGUGUGUGUUGUGUUAGUGUAUGCAGUGUGUGUUGUGUUAGUGUAUGCAGUGUGUGUUGUGUUGGUGUAUGCAGUGUGUGUUGUGUUAGUGUAUGCAGUGUGUGUUGUGUUGGUGUAUGCAGUGUGUGUUGUGUUGGUGUAUGCAGUGUAUGUGUGUGUUAUUGUAUGCAGUGUGUGUUGUGUUAGUGUAUGCAGUGUGUGUGUGUGUGUGUGUUAUUGUAUGCAGUGUGUGUGUGUGUUGUGUUAGUGUAUGCAGUGUGUGUUGUGUUGGUGUAUGCAGUGUAUGUGUGUUAUUGUAUGCAGUGUGUUGUGUUAGUGUAUGCAGUGUGUGUGUGUGUUAGUGUAUGCAGUGUGUGUGUGUGUGUUAGUGUAUGCAGUGUGUGUGUGUGUGUUAGUGUAUGCAGUGUGUGUGUGUGUGUUAGUGUAUGCAGUGUGUGUUGUGUUGGUGAAUGCAGUGUAUGUGUGUGUUAGUGUAUGCAGUGUGUGUUGUGUUAGUGAAUGCAGUGUGUGUGUGUGUGUGUGUGCAGUGUAUGUGUGUGUAUGCAGUGUGUUGUGUUGUGUGUGAAUGCAGUGUAUGUGUGUGUGUAUGCAGUGUGUGUUGUGUUGUGUUGUGUGUGUGUGUUAGUAUGCAGUGUGUGUGUGUGUGUGUCAGUGUAUGCAGUGUGUGUGUGUGUGUCAGUGUAUGCAGUGUGUGUUGUGUUAGUGAAUGCAGUGUAUGUGUGUGUUAGUGAAUGCAGUGUAUGUGUGUGUGUUAGUGUAUGCAGUGUAUGUGUGUGUGUUAGUGUAUGCAGUGUGUGUGUGUGUGUGUUAGUGAAUGCAGUGUAUGUGUGUGUUAGUGUAUGCAGUGUGUUAGUGUAUGCAGUGUAUGUGUCUGUUAGUGUAUGCAGUGUGUGUUGUUAGUGUGUGAUCUGGGGUGAGGGGGCGGAAGGGGCAUUUUAACAUUAAUUUUUUAUUAAUUUAAUUAAAUGUUUCUCCCCCCUCCCUGCUUACCUGUGUCCAUGGAGGGGGGAGAUUCCAUCCCUGGUGGUCCGGUGGGGGGGGGGCCCCCCGGCUCCCUGUUACCGUCCGCAGAGGGGGCCCAGGCAGCACACAGCUUCUCCUCUCUUCUCAUAAGUCUCGCGAGACCCGGUUACCAUGGCAACACUCCGCGAGUCUCGCGAGAGUUAUGAGAAGAGAGGAGAGAGGAGGAGAAGCUGUGUGCUGCCUGGCUGGGCCGGGGGCCCGCGGCUGCACACAUAGAUAGCGAUAUUCGCUAUCUAUGUGUGCAGAGAAACAAAGUGGGGCUCAGGACUGCCAGAGCAGUCCGGGCCCCCCAGGGCCGUCGGGCCAGUGACAACAGUGAUGGCGGCCCUGCUAAGUGGCUGCAGGAUGCGAACAAAGUCCCGAAAUGCAUCCUAACACGAACAAGAAACUGUUCUCAUUCCGUUAGGACGAAAUUCAGUAGUUUCGUCGGCGUUCUGUCUAAGUGACAAGACGUUAGGGAAUACUGACAGGAAGCAUCGCGAGAUCACAGAUCAAAGCUGAGAAUUGUGGGGAAAUUGCUUUGAUCACUGGAAACAAAGCACACUUUGCUACUCCGCUGAGCAUAGCUGGUCAGGCAUAGGAAACAUCCAUAAGACAAAGUAGUCCCUACUUUGUCUUAUGUUUUAAAGAAAACUAGAGCAGACAGGAAAGAAUUGAAGAACAGAUCUUGACAGAGGGAGAGAAGAGGAAUCGAUUAGGGAAAGGUAAGUUCGGCAUGACAGUGCUGCUUUAAAUCCAAAUCAAACCACUCAGCUCUGUGAGAAGCUUUGGACUGGAGAUUUGUCCUCAAAGCUUCACUUUGAGAAGAAUUUGAUUGGAGAAUUCCCAACACCAACAAAUAAGUACGUCCUGAUACAAAAGGGUGAAUCUUUAUUAGCUUGAAUGGUCAUUUUUACAGUGUAUUAAAGGCAAGAUUUUAGGGCUUGGGAAGUAUUUGUAAAGGUUUUUAGUAAAUUAAUUUAAGAGAAUCUGUCAGGAAUUAACCUUAGCUUCUCUGGAGUGCCGGUGGUGUAUGCUGGCUGUAUGUCGCGUGUAUGUGUAUGUGGUGUAUGCUGGCUGUAUGUGAUAUGUGUGUAUAGUUUAUGUUUAAAAAAAUGAAUGGAGCAAUAUUUAAGUGAUUCUAAAUAGGGGAAGUAAGGCAAAAUCUAAUUAAUGUUAAUGUACUGGAAGUAUACAAAAAGAUAUGUGCUGGCACUCAAUCACAUUGGUGGUGCAGGUAUUCGAGGUUAACCCUAAAAAGCCUCAUAAACAUCAUACAAAAAAUUAAUAUGAAUACCGCACUCAAUAUAGUAAAAUAAUCAAACGAUAGUGAAAGGUAAUAUAAUUUAAUUUAUUAUGCUCUAAUUCUUAAAUUCAUAGGUAUUUAGCUUUAUGUAAGAGAUUAUAAUUUAAUCAAAAGAAUAUAUUACAUCAUAUAUUCAAUAGCUAUUUACAGAAUGACCUCCAUGGGUAUUGUAUAAAUUCAUAAUAAGUAUAUAUACACAGCUAAUAAUAUUCCUGUUUAAUGGUCUAAGGAAAACAUAUCCAUAUGGAUAAUGGUUGGAUCUGUUGUAAUCUAUGUACAUAGAAAAAAGAAGAAGGAAAAAAAAAAAGAAGAAAAAAUAAAUAAAAAAUAAAAAAUGAAAAAUUCAAAAAUUGAAAAAAUGAAGAAAAUCAAAAAGAUAAUAUAUGUCCUUAUGUACAAUAGUCCAAAAAAUAGUGCACUUAAGUAAUAAAUAGGUGGAUCUCACCCACUGAAGUAUCCAAAUGGAUUGUAGCCUUAGAAGCAACUGGAGAAUUUGUGGAGAAUCUGUAAUGGAUGAAAAGAUGACUGUAUAUCAAUCGGUGAGCUUUGAAACCUGCUGAAUUCCUGCUGUGAUGCAGGCUGUAAUACAAACUCGGCCGGGGUAUCAGUGCUGUCCUCAUAUAUCCCCCUGAAGACCGUCAAUUCUAUUCCUCAAAUCAGAGAUAGCCUCAGUAUGUGUGCCGUCACAGUAUAUGGGCUUUCACUAUCGUUUGAUUAUUUUACUAUAUUGAGUGCGGUAUUCAUAUUAAUUUUUUUGUACUGGAAGUAUAGAUGGUAGCCCCACACACAGCAUUGUGGGAGCUUUGAUCUCAUAGCUCCCUCUGUACUCAGGACCUGUACACUUUCUGAUUCCUGCACACCCCACAGCUAAAUUGCCUCCCUUCCCUGUAGUUGCUGUGGUCCUGGUAUUCAGUGAGUCAGAGUGCACUUAGUUGGCGUGCAUUCCAACUAAGUAGAGUGCUGGACGGCGAGAAGGUAAUUACAGAGGUCUGCACAUGGCAAAUGUGCAGAUCUAACUUCUCUAGCCCCGCACCAGCCCCUCCAAUGGAGCUGCUAAAACGAAAAAAAAAUUUUUUAAAAAGCGAGCGAUAUAAAUGUCACAUCAGUGGUCACAAAGAUUGAAGGACUAAAACUGACAAGUCUUGCAGGCUGACUCAUUGGGUGAGAGUGGCAUUUUCUUAACUCAGGAGAGCUGGUGGAAGCUCCGUGCAGGAGCCUCCGGUUCUCAUGCAGGCUGUUACAGGUGCCCAGCAAACCACAGAUAAGUUUUCACAUCAUUUGCAAAUGGUUUGAUUACUUUCCCUGGUAAGGCUCCUGGGCACUUCUGGCACCAUAUAUGCUACAGUGGGUUCCUUUAAGUCUGUUUUACAGAUUUUAUUUCUCCUAUAGAUUUAGAACAGCAACAGUAAAAGAAUGUAUCAAAUCUGUUCUAAAAGAAGAGCUCAACAACAAGCAGUAUGUUGCUGAAGAGGUUCCACAGCUAACACGUUUUCUGUCAGAGACCAUAAAAGAUAAACUUAAAGGUAAGCUUAAAGCAAUAUAUGGCAAAGAAACAAAACACAAUGACUCUUGUGUGAUAAUCAGUUUUUGUAGUUUACCCCUUUUUCCACAUACCUGAAUCUUAUAAUAUUUAUCUGACUUUAAUGCAUAUGCAUCUGUAAUCUUUAACAUUCCAGACACAGCUCGUCUUUUGUGUCUCUCACGGCUCCAGCACAGAGGAUUCUCAAUGAGAAGCCUCUGGCUGGUCAGUUCUCCAGCACAUAUUGAAAUUCUGUUCUGGGGAAAGAGGGAAGGGCUUGCAAAGACAGCUUAUUUUAAUUUUUGUUUGUUUUUUCAUAUACUCCCCUCCUAAAGAAAAAUGUAGGAAAAAUAAAUGCACGUUUUCUUUUUGGGCAUAUGCUCUAGUAAAAAUUAUAUUAAUUUGAGUGUAUUUGCCAUAGCAAUAAAAACAAAAAAAACAUCAAUAGGCUCCCCUUCAUAUUGACAAUAUUUCUUCCGAAACCGCAGUUGACCACUAUAUAAUGGGUGCUAAUGAAGCCUGCUAUUGUGAGAAAGAAUAUACAAUGAGGGGGGAAAGUAUUUGAUCAUUUGCCCACGGAAAAAGAAAUGAUCAGUCUAUAAUUUGGUAGGUGUAUUUUAACAGUGAGAGACAGAAAGAAAACAAAAAAUCCAGAAAAACGCAUGUCAAAAAGUUAUAAAUUGAUAAAAAGACAGUGUUUACUGCAAAAAGGAGAGAAAAGCAAGUGACGAGAGGUGAGAACGGACAACAGCUCAAUUAGCCUGCAUUUCAGUGGGUCCCCGCUCAGAUCUCAAGCUGGUUUUAGCUCAUCUUGUGACAUUACAGAGAUAACAUAUCAUAUAUGAAGCAUAUCAGACUGGUCCCACCCGUAUGGGCAGUCCAGAUCCGAAAUGCCAGCAAGUUCCCUCUGCACGAGAGGUACAGCAACCCCAUACGAUCAUUUCAACCUUGUAAGGUAUCAUCAGUGAGGUAUAGCCAAUAUCCCUCUAGGCACCAUAAGCAAGGGGUCUACAUCUGGAUUACCCUUUAACCCCUUAAGGACACAUGACAUGUGUGACAUGUCAUGAUUCCCUUUUAUUCCAGAAGUUUGGUCCUUAAGGGGUUAAAGGAUCACUAUAGUCACCCUUACCACUUCAGCUUAAUUAAGUGGUCUGGGUGCCAGGUCCCCCAGGUUUUAACCCUGCAGCUGUAAACAUAGCAGUUUCAGAGACAGCUGACAGUCUUCCUGACAGCCGCUAGAGGUGCUUCCCCGACGCUAGAGGCGCUUCCCCGAAAAUCGCAUUGAGCAUGCAGAACGUCCAUAGGAAAGCAUUGAGAAAUGCUUUCCUAUGGGUGUUUUUCAUGCACAAGCGGCUCUGGCUGCGCAUGCGCAUUCGGCUCCACUCGUGAGCUGACUUCGGAGAGGUCACCAGCGCCAAGGGAGCCCGGCGCUGGAUUAAGGUAAGUGGCUGAAUGGGUUUUAAUGGGAGCCUAAGGAUUAUACAGUGUCAGGAAAACAAGUUUGUUUUCCUAACACUGUAGUGGUCCUUUAAACUUAAGCCUGCAUGGAAUGACUAUACUCACCAGAACAAAUACAAUAAGCUAUAGUUUUUCUGGUGACUAUACUGUUCCUUUAAGAAAUAUACAUACAUACAUACAUACAUACUUAUUUUAAUGGUCAUUAAUACACAUUUUCCAUAUUCUCUUUUGCCUAGAAAUGGGAUUUGAUAGGUACAAAAUGGUGGUGCAAGCUGUGAUUGGUGAACAGAGAGGAGAAGGAGUGAAGUAAGUAUUAUGUGUAUUCUAAAUUAUGAAGUUUUGAAAGAGUACCUAAUUGUUAGUUACUGUUAAAGAGUCUGUCACCUCAUUUCAGUUGUGUACCAUUGCAUUCUCUAUUUUAUUAAUACUUUGCAAGGACCCCAGAAAGUGGCAUUUCUAAUUAUAUUGUGGAAGAAGCUGAAGCAAAAACUCUCCCUCAUAGACGCCACCUUUGCUGUGGUGAACAUCUUGAACUACUGGGACUUCAUGCACCAUGACCCAUGUAAAUACAACAACAUAAAUGACUGGGCAGAGGGUUAUGGAAAGGUUUAAGGCAGGUUUGGAAAAACACAUACAGUGUUUUUGUUCAAAAAAGAGCCUUGCUCUUGACCGAGCUUGAACAAGGCUUUGUUUUGAGCUGAAACCUUGUAUAAGUUGUUCCAGUUAACCUGCCUUGGACCUUUUCACAACUUGUGCCCAGUCCUUCAUGUUAUUGUUGGAUCUGAAAGUGAUGUGUACUCGUCCAUUAAACGUGUGCCUUCUCAUUGCUUGGGUUCAGGAGGUGUGAAAAUGUCAUCCACUUGUGCAUAUGCAUGAGUGCAACACAAAGCUGAAUGGAGGAGAGACCAUACACGAUCCUUCCACUCUUGCAAUAAGUUAGAAGGUGCCUGUUUCUCACAGCUGUCACGGGCUAUGGGAAUUGGAUAAACAUGAUACUGGAAACGCCUAACUUGGUCAAUAUAUGCUUUGUUAAAGGGACACUAUAGUCACCCAGACCACUUCAGCUCAAUGAAGUGGUCUGCGUGCAAUGUCCCUCAGGUUUCUACCCUUCAGAUGCAAACAUAGCAGUUUCAGGGAAACUGCUAUGUUUACAUUUGGGGUUAAGCCAGCCUCUAGUGGCACCCUCAGGGCACUAUAGUGUCAGGAAAACCGCUUUGUUUUCCUGACACUAUAGUGAUCCUUUAAUAAGACAAAAUGGGCCCUACUUUGUUUUAUUAUAGUUUCUGAUUGUAUAAAUUCUAAUGCAGUCAGUAUAUGUAUUUUAUGAGAAUGUUAUCUUUAAGAAAUACUCAAAUUAAAGGAUAUCAGAGCCACUUUAACAUAUUCUCUACAAACUCACCAUAUUUUAAUGUAAAUUACUAUCCAAUUAAUCAAGAUUACCUUAAAGAAAAACUGUCACUUAUGAAUUUCCAUAAAGAUAUAAUUUGUAUGAAAACAACUAGAGAAAAUUUAUGACAAACUUACCGUAAUUUUCUUUUCCUGGCUAUUUCUCAUGGCAGCAUCACUUAUGGGUAGCUCCUCGCUUAGCAGUCACAGGACAGGAUUCAAUUAGAUUAAUUAAUCAGACUGAUAGGUAUAAAGAGUCCCUCCUCCCCUUACACCUCAGUCCAAUUAUAAAGCUGAAAUAGAGAAUGGGCAGGAACCCUGAUGCUGCCAUGAGAAAUAGCCAGGAAAAGAAAAUUACGGUAAGUUUGUCAUAAAUUUUCUCUAUUCCUGGCUAAUCAUGGCAGCAUCACUUAUGGGUAAUACCCAAGCUUCACAGAAAUAUAGGGUGGGAAUAAUAAUCCAAAAAUUACACAAAUCCGAAACACAUGCAGCAAAGAAAAGUUUACUAUCUACUGGAUAAAGAGACCGUAGACAGGACACUCUUUCCAAAGGAGGUGGAAGGAGAAUCCACAUCGAGUUUGUAGUGCUUCAUGAAUGUCAUCGGAGAAGACCAGGUGGCUGCUCUGCAAAUAUCAUUGUAUGGAACCUCUGCCCAGCUAGCCCAAGAAGUUGAUAAUGCUCUAGUAGAAUGAGUUCUUAUUUCCCGAGGUGGAGAUAAACCUUUAGAGAUAUACGCCUUCUUAAUCAUCAGAGAAAUCCAACGUUUCAACGUAGAUAAAGAAGCCGCCUCACCUCUCCUUGCUCCCAGCGGCAAAACAAAGAGUUGGUCCGUUUUACGGAAAGACUCAGAACGUUUAAGAUAUGCAGACAAGCAUUUCAUGACAUCCAAACGUUGCCAUCUAAACUCCUCCUGAGAAGAAGGGUUGGGGUAAAAUGAUGGAAGAACCACUUCUUGAGAGAGGUGAAACUGAGAAACUACCUUAGGAAGAAACUCUGGUUUCGGUUUCAGACACACCCUAUCUUGGUAGAAUCGUAAACAAGAAGAAUAUGUAGAAAAUGCCUUAAUUUCUGAAAUCCUUCUUGCGGAAGUGAUUGCCACCAAAAACAAAGUUUUAUACGUCAGGCGAGUUGCAUCCAGACUUUCAAGAGGAACAAACAGAUCCUCGGUGAGAUAAUUGAGCACCAUAGGAAGGUCCCUAGGAGGAGUAGUGGACCUGGAAGGAGGCCUCAAUCUGAAGGCUGCUUUGAAGAACCUGGAAAUCAAAGGAUCCGAAGCCCACGAGAUGUUGCACAAAGCUGAAAGUGCCGAAGACUGAACCUUCAAGGUGCUGAGGCUAAGGCCCUUGUCCAGGCCCUCUUGCAGAAACUCCAAAACUUCAGUAUUGCUAGGAUGCCGAAAGUCCACAUUAUGAGAGGAUGCCCAAGUUUGGAACACAUCCCAGAUCCUGUGGUAGCAUGAAGAAGUGGAAGCCUUCCUGGAGAGCAGAAGGGUAUUGAUCACUGCCUCCGAGAGACCUAGUAAUUGGAGUCUUUCCUUCUCAAGACCCAUACCCCCAGUUUGAGGCGAUCCGGAUGAGGAUGGAAUACAGGGCCCUGCGAUAGCAGAUCCUCCAUCACUGGAAGAGGCCAAGGUUGUUCCUGGCUCAUCAUGGCCAAUAGGGGAAACCACGGCCUCCGAGGCCAAAUCGGAAUUACAGCAAUUACUUUCCUGCCUUCCGACCAAACCUUUCGCAGGAACCUGGGUAUCAUGGGUAGGGGAGGGAAAGCAUACCCCAGAUCGAACGACCAAGGGAGAGAGAGAGCAUCCUGGCCCAGUGCCUGAUAGUCCGGAUGGAGAGAGAAGUAAUUCUCCACCUGGUGAUUCUGAGAUGAUGCCAUCAGGUCGACCUGGGGCAUGCCCCACCGAUGAGCAAUUUCUGCAAAGAUCGCCGGGUGAAGCUGCCAUUCUCCCGGAAGAAUUUCCUUUCUGCUGAGGAAAUCUGCCGUUACGUUCUCCGAACCUGUGAGAUAAAUCGCCUUCAGGCCUUGAAGAUAGGUCAUGGCUAUAGUCAUUAAGGGAGCAGGCUCUUCCAGGAGCAACCUGCUCCUCGUGCCACCUUGGUUGUUCACAUAUGAGGCCACUGCUCGGUUGUCUGUUUUGAUUAGAACCCAAGAAUUCCUUAGCCUUGGCAGGAAUCUCAAAAUGGCCUUGUAAACCGCUCUCAGUUCCCUUAAGUUUGAGUGUAGGUGACUCUCUUCUCGGGUCCACUUCCCUUGCAUCCAUACCGGACUGAAGAGGGCACCCCAUCCAAAAGAACUGGCAUCUGUUGUAAUAACCUUCCAAGGGGGGUCUUCCAACGGGAAGCCUGUUGUCAAAUUCCUCUCGCUCUUCCACCAGUUUAAGCCUUUCCUUAUGGGAAGGGGAAGAGAUAUCAUCUGUUCCCAAUCUGCUUCCACUCUGUUGAACUGGAGAAGGAAGCAGUUCUGGACCGGACGGAACUUCCACUGGGCCCACUUCACCAAGCCUAUUGUUGAUGUCAAGGAACCCAGGAGGCUCAUGACUUCUCUUGCAGGUGCAGUUUCAAGAUCUUGUAGCUUCCUCACUUUGUCCCUGAUCUUCUUGACCCUUUCUGGAGACAGGAAGACAUGUGCAGACACGGUAUUCAUUACCGCACCCAGGAAAAUGAUCGUUUGUGCAGGAACGAGGGAGCUCUUUCCGACGUUCAGGAGCCAACCAUGGUCUUGAAGAAUGUACAUUGCCACUGACGUAUGUUGAGCAACAAUUCCUUGAGAUGGACCCAAGAUAAGAAUGUCGUCCAAGUAAUGGAAUAUCUCGAUACCCUUUUCCCUUUUAUAAAGGCUAUCAAGGUGGCCAGAACUUUUGAGAACGUUCUUGGAGCCAUGCUGAGGCCAAAGGGUAGUCCCCGGAACUGGAAGUGCCUUCCUAGCGCCCAAGACCUGAGAAAACGUACAUGAUCUUGAUGUAUCGGGAUAUGAUAGUAGGCGUCUCUUAAGUCCUAUUGAGGUCAUCCAGUCUCCUUUUUUGACACACUUCAAGAUGGUCCUCAAGGAUUCCAUUUUGAACGUCCUUACGUCGAGCAAGGAGUUCACGCCCUUCAAAUUCAAGAUGAGACGCCACUUUCCCUGUGGUUUCGGGGCCAAGAAGACCGUAGAGUAAAUUCCCUGGAACCAUUCCCGUUUUGGAACUUCUUCCACCACUUUUUGUUCCAGGAGUACAGAAAUGCAGGACCUCAUGACCCUUCGUUUGAUGCCUACCGGUACCUUUGAUUUUCUGAAGAAUGCAGUUUUCGGGUGAGAUGAGAAUUCUAUUCUGUAACCUUCUUUUACGAUGGAAGUGACCCAUAGGUCUGAAAUAUUGCUGGCCCAUAUGGGGUAGAAGAACUUCAGUCUUCCUCCCACCAUCCCCGAACGGGCCUGGGGACCUUCAGAAGUUCUUCCCUGGGGUUCUAGCACCCCUUCCUCUGGAAGCCUUAUUGGAAGAUGAGUGCGAAUAGGAAUUCCAUGAAGAAUUCCUGGAAAACUCCCUUCCUGGUUUAUAGCUUCUGCUGUCCUGAAAGGACCGAUCCUUGAAGCGCUUGGUCUUCCAGGAGGAGGGAAAACUCUUCUUGCCAGCUUGAGGUAAAAACGCCUUUUUCCCAUCAGCAGCUUUUUGAAUAGCAUCUUCCAGAAUUUUCCCAAAAAGAGAUCCCCCUGGAACGGAAGUGCACACAGGGAAGCCUUAGAAGCAUAGUCAGCACCCCACGAAUGAAGCCACAAGGCCCUUCUAGAAGCCACAGACAGGGCCAUGCUUUUGGCAAUCAUGCGAGUGAUGUCCAGGGAGGCCUCUGAACAGAAUUCCGUGGCUAGACUAAAGUCCUUGAGGCCUUCCAACAGAUGUUCCCUACGGACACCCUGAUCAAUGUCGUCCUUCAGAUUAGCGAGCCACACUUUCAAGGCUCUGGAAAGAGUCGUCAGUGCCACUGCCGGAUGAAGGGCGGACCCUAGGGCCAAGUAGGCUUUAAUCAGGUCUCCAUCCAUACGCUUCUCCAUAGGCUCCCUGAGAUAUGCCAUGGAGUCAAUAGGCAGUGUAAUUUUCUUAGCCAUAUGGAUCACUGCAGCGUCAAUUUUAGGAACUGAGUUCCACAGGCAGCAAUCCACUGUAGAGUACGGAUAAACCCUCGCAAACUUAUUUUUUAAGGUGGACUUCUUUUCCGGCUUAUUCCAUUCCUGAAGGAUCAUAUCUCUGAUUGAUGUAUGCACCGGGAAAGUCGGUCUGUUAGGUUUUAAGUCAUCAAAGAACCUGUCAGCCUCUUUUAAUUCAGAUCUUUCUUCAGUGAGACUAAGAGUGUCUCUGAGAAGGGUAAUAAGUCUAUCAACAGACCUGGAGUCAAGAGACCUGGAGGUAUAUUCAGUUUCCUCCUCACCUUCAUCCGAGACCUCCCACACAUCAGGGUCCUCAUCAGAGCUGGAAGACUGAGGUUCCGCUCUACGUCUCUUACUCUGACCACUAGAUCCCGUGGUAGCCUUAAAGCCCUCAGCAAUAGCCUGAUCCAGAGUUUAAGGUUGUCCUGUGGAGAACCCCUACCGGGAGCGUCUGCAACUUCCAAUAAACAAUCCCUGCAAAGAUUCCUUCCAUUCGGAGCAGGCGAUGAACAAUUAAUGCAUUUAUUAGACUUUUCCCGUUAUUUUCUUGCUGGAGAAUCCAAAUGAAUGCUGGGGCUGGAAUAAAGCCAUAUAUGACAUAUAUUACAGGCUUAGUAUGGCACUCUUUUAACAACCCCCCAUAAAUUUUAAAAAUGGCUCACCUAUGUUUUCUAGAGAGGGAUCUAGCAGAGGCAGAGGGAGAAUCCAUACUAUAAAAAAGACCAAAGGAAAAUCAACACCUAAAUUCACAAAUUGAUGAGAGGCAAGCUGAUGAAAGAAACUUCUAAUCAGCAAAAUUAGAAAUCCUACCUUAAAUCACUAGAGUUCCACCAAGCAGCCAAGAAACAGUAGAAGCAAUGGAGAAAAUCAAUCCUCUUGUGGAACAGAACAGCAGGACUGCAGAUACAGCACAAGAGAGCUGUAUCUGAGCCUUUAAAUAGGACCGGGCACUGAAACAGCUGAUUGCCCGGUCCGCGCAUGCCCAGAGCGCUGGAACGCACGCCAUGCGUUCCAAACGCUCACGGCCGGCGUGCAUUUCACUUCCGGUUUCGCUGAAACCGGCCGCGAGCGUCAUAGAGCCGGCUGGAACGCAGAAUGCUCCCAAUAGCCGAACGCUCAAGGAGCCCCAGAGCCUGAAGCACUACUGCCUCUCAGUUCCCUCCCAGACAGGAACAACUAGAGGCCAGAAAAAGGUAUUUUUCCCAUCAGUCAACCACACCAUCAUGCCCUUCGCCCAGUAUGGAUUCAAAGGCUGCCAUUUAAGCAUGGGGGGGAAUAAAUGGCCCCAAUUAGGAGGGGCAGGUUAAAACCCAGGGGAAUUUUUAAGGCAAAACCAACCCCACAAACAAACACAACAGUGUUUCCCUCAAACACUUACUUCCCACGCUGCAGUUCAGUACUUACACUGAACCUGAUCCAGUUAGUCCUGUUCAUGCAGGCUGUUUACUGGACCCUUCAAAUGAAGAGAGGCUGAACUUCAUUUGGAACGAACCCACGACAAACGCAGGAAGGUGGCCAUAAAAUAAAAAGUAAAAAGGUCCUGUAAAACUUGCUAAGGACAGGAAAAAAGACUGAGGUGUAAGGGGAGGAGGGACUCUUUAUCAGUCUGAUUAAUUAAUCUAAUUAAAUCCUGUCCUGUGACUGCUAAGGGAGGAGCUACCCAUAAGUGAUGCUGCCAUGAUUAGCCAGGAAAUAUAUGUUGAGUUGCAUAUGUUUUUAACUGAAUACCACGAAAUUGAAUCCUCAUAAGGCAGUGCUUUAAUUCAGAUUAUUAGUCAAUAUGCAUUGUAAAAGAAAGGUCAAACAAUGCUUGAUUUAAAAAAAAAAAAAAAAAAUAGAGGGGCUUUUUGAACCAAAGAAAUUAACUGACUUCCCCUGUUUAGGGGACAGUAUGCAUGGACCAAAGAGUUAAAGGACUACAGAAACCGUGUGUUUGAAGAAACUAAAUGUAACUAAUGGGACCUAUAAUUUUUAACAUGUUUGUGGAUAUCAUGCCCAUGUGUGCAUACUUGAGAUGACACUUGCUUACAAUAUACACUGAAACAUUCUAUCCAGUGUAGAAGUGAAACACUGUGAACAUAUAAUGGCUAGUGAUAUGUAAAUAACUAACUUUACAGUUUUGUGAAUUAAUUACUAACAUAGAUUUAAUGUCAUUCAAAAACCCAGUUGCAAAUAUCAACUAAUUUUUAAUUUUUAGUAUUUUUUUAAAAACUUCAUUGUCCAGCCAAUUUCAUAAGCGGGUCGACUGGGCAAAAUGGAAUUUAAAAUUUAUCAGAUGUCUGUGGAAUAUUACAGACACGGUGGAGAUAGAGAGAUGUAUAAUAAAUUCAGUGGUAAGAGCAAUGCCUUAGAACUGGGAAACUGGGUUUGAUUCCCAGUCAAACCACCUUGCCAAUAAGUGAUGUAUAAUUGUAAGGUGCUGCAGAAUAUGUUGGCGUACAUAAAUAAUAAUAAUUCUCACAGGUGCGCAUGUGUAGAUGCAGAAAUUGUUAUAGUUCAUUUGCCCUUACUUGGUAUUAAUGCCUUAAUUAUAAUUAUCAACAGAUUUUUGCUGUUGAAUUUGACAAGCCCAUUUCAGGCUUGAUAAAUGAUAUUGCAUCACAAAUUCAAUAUUUUCAGUGGAAAUGGUUUUGAAACUUUAAAAAUUAAUCUAAAGUCGAAGCCACUCGAACCAAAAUUUAUCGGCUCUUGAUAAGCCUAAAAUUGCUUAUAUUAAAUCUUUUCGAAUUGUUAAAAGACUUUUUGUGAGCCAAAAAGCUGCCAUUAUCACAUAUCUGCUGAUAAAUAACAUUCAAUGUUGUUGAUUUGUUAUGCUUUUGUCCCAUUAUGUGUUACUGGGCUAGUGUUAUAUCAUUUAGUAGUUGUAUUACCCUUGUUUGUUGUGGUGUUUUUUUUUUAAAUUCUUUAUUUGUAUCAGUUUUCAAAAUUAUAACCAAGGGUGGGGUUACAGAACAAAGAAGGGACAACAGGGAAAAUGAUAACAUCUGAUAGUUCAUAUUUGAUAGUUUGCAUUUAAGGUAUCGUAAAUGAUUUGGCAUAUGUUGACUCAGUCAGGUUCAUGAACAAAUUAAAAGUAACAAUAGGUUGGCUAGAACUUUGGUGUCGGUGGUGGGUUCUUUAGGGAAUCAGGUGUAGACCUUUUUAUCGUGGUGUGCACUGUCUGGGUUGCUUUUUUAGCCUAAGGGUGCUAUGUUUGAGGAUGUUCCCCGCUCAGGAUGAGUCGGGGUGCUAGGUUUGGGGCAUUCGAUUGAUAGGCCGGAGCCGUGUCUCCUCUGUGGGAGGUCUCCCCCUUCUAUUUUAUCCCAUUGACGGCUGUGCUUUUGUCAGUGCCUUCCCGUGUAGAAGGUUGUAUCCUCUCCUUCUAUCGUUGAGGGCUUUUGUGCGAGGUUUGUAUCUGUUAGGUCUUGGUUGGGUAUCAGGUAUGUGGGGGGAGGGGGUUGUAGGUUUACCUGUCCAAGGUCUUUGAGGGGAAUAGGGUCAUGAAUAUGGGUAUCUGAUUCUGGUUGAGUGGGGGCAGUGUAUGUGCCGCCUGCUCUGGGGCCCCGCGUCUCCCUGGAGGUGGGGGGGGGGGUUGGUUGGGUUUUAAAGUUGGCGCUUGUUAGGAGGGAAAGAUGCGGCAGGGUCGGUGUCUGGAAGUCCUGCUUGUGUGGGUUUGUUGGUAGCCCAUGUUGUGGGGGUGAUGUUUGUUUAACUGGGAAGCGAGGUGUCCUCCUCGAGCCAUGGGUCCCAGACUUUGUGAAAUGUCUUGGGGGUCUCAUGAAUUCGUGCCGUGGGUUUAUCCAUGUCUAUGUGUUCCUGUAUUUUCCUGAGUAUCACCUGUGGUUUGGGGAUGUUUGGCGAUGACCAGACCUCUCCUAUUGCUCUGCGUGUGGCCAAGGCCACUUGUGCGAUCAGUUUAUUUUCUGCUCUGGUGAAUGUGUCUAGUGGUUUGGAUAGGAGUAGUGCCCAUGGGUCUAAGGGGCAAGGGUUGGUUAGUAGUCUGGUGAGGAGUGAGGUGAUGGAUUGCCAUAGUGGUUUGAUUUUGGGGCAUGUCCACCAACAGUGAAGGAAUGUCCCCACGUGCCGCAUUGUUUCCAGCAAAGAUUUGUGGGCAGUUUGUGCAUACUAAUCAAUCGUUGGGGGGUGAGAUACCACCUGAAGAGCAUCUUGUAGGCCUGCUCUUUGUGUCACGCAGAUUGUCAGGGACAAUAUGGCCUCCCAAAUGUCCGCCCAGUCUCCAGUGUCCUCAUGGGCUCCCAAGUCUGCCUCCCAUGCCGUGAUGUAUGGGAGGGAGACGUGGGUCGCAAUUGUGAGGUAUAGGUCCGAUAUUUGACCGUUCCUGGUUAGGGCGACUGUACAGUCUCUCUCAAAGAUGGUAAGUAGUGAUUUCCCUGCCUGUUGUAUGCAUGGAGUUGCUGCAAAGAUUCGUAAUUUCAAGUAGCGAAAGAAGUCGAAUGUCGGGGAUGUCGGCAUAGUUGAUGAAUUUGUCAUUAGUGUAUAGGUGGCCCAGUCUCGAAAUUCCUCUCCUCUCAAAUUGGGCAAAGUGUUGGGCCGUGAGUCCCGGGGGGAAAAGUUUGUUUCAGAAUACCGGAGUCAUUGGUGAGAGAUAUGAGGAAAGGUCGUAUUUAAGCUGGAGUUUAUCCCAUAGGUCUAGGGAGUGGGAGAUGGUAGGCGCCGUCGGGAGUGGUAAUGGUCGGUGUUGUCUGGGUGUCCACAUGUAGAGGGAGGGGUGGUCUCCCUAUGUUCUAUGUCCACCCAACGUUUUAUCAUGGGUGGGAGGUGCCACAUUUGUAUUUGUGCUAGAUGUGCUGCAUUUAGGUAGUGUAGGAGGUUGGGUAGGCCCAGGCCACCCGACCUCUUGGGGACAAAGAGUGUUUCCCUUCGCACUCUGGGUUUGUGAUUGUUCCAGAUAAAGUUGUUUAUGGCUUUUUGUAGUGAGGUUAUGUCUGAUUUUCAAAUUGCCACUGCUAUUGUUUGGAAAAUAUAUAGGAAUCGGAGUAAGAGGUUAAUUUUAAUUAAUGCGACGCGUCCCAGCCAUGAGAUUCCCAUCUUGGUCCAUGCCUGUAGGUCCGCGUACGCCUUUUCGAGUGUUGGGGUGUAGUUUGCGUGGUAUAUUGCCGUUCUGUCGGCAGUGAGUUUUAUGCCCAGAUAAUCGAUGGCUGUCUCGCAAAUGCGCAAAGGGAAUUUUGCUUUUAGGCGUGUGAAGUUGGUGUUGGGUAUGUGGAUUGGGAGAAGUUCUGAUUUUGUAACGUUCAGUUUGUAUCCCGCGAUCCAGGAGUAAGAGUGAAUCAGUUUUAGCAGAUGAGUUAUGGAGGUGUCUGGGUUUGUCAGGGUUAAGAGGAUGUCAUCCGCGUAUGCUGAUAUUUUGUAGGGCUGGCUUCUAAUGUUAAUGCCUACUAUAUCCUUGUUGGAUCGUAUCGCUUCUAGUAAGGGUUCUAGGGAUAGGGCGAAUAAAAUGGGGGAGAGUGGGCACCCUUGCCUCGUCCCGUUAGAGAUUGUGAAAGUGGGGGAGUUGAUGUUGGGAAGGAGGAGUGCUGCCUUAGAGUGUUCAUAGCUGUCUUCGAGGAACAGUAAGAAUUGUGGCGGAAAUCCGAAGUGAGUGAGUGUGUGAUAUAGGAAAGGCCAGAGCAGGCGAUCAAAUGCCUUUUCGGUGUCUAGAGAUAUUAUGGCUGUCGGGAUGUGUCUGUGGCUAGCGUACCAUAUGAGGUCUAUGGCUCUCCUGGUGUUGUCUGCCGCCUGUCUGUUUGGGAUAAAUCCCACCUGGUCAGGGUGGAUUAGGGUAUAUAGCACUGCCUUAGAACUGGGAAACUGGGUUUGAUUCCCAGUCAAACCACCUUGCCAAUAAAUGAUGUAUAAUUGUAAGGUGCUGCAGAAUAUGUUGGCGUACUAUAAAUUAAAGGGUUAAUUCUGUUAGCCAUGACCUUAGUCAUUAUUUUAAGGUCUACAUUUAAGAGGGAGAUGGGUCUGAACUUAUCCGGCUCAUCAUGUUCUUUGCCAGGUUUUGGGAGAAGGCAAAUGUUAGCAGUGACCAUGUCAGACAGUAGUUUCUCUCCGCAUAGCAUCGCGUUGAAUACCGCACAGAGGUGUUUGAGUAGGUGGUGGCCGAAACUUUUGUAGUAUAUCGCCCACAGCCCGUUGGGGCCUGGGCUUUUGUUUGGCUGCAAGGAGUGGAGGGUGAUAGCCAUCUCCUCCACUGUAACUUCCUCCGCCAAUGUCUGUCUCUUCUCCAUGGGUAGUGAGGGGAGUUUCAGUGAGUUCAGGAAUAUCUGCAUGAGGGUAGGGGUGUCAUAAGUGGUGAGCUGUUGUGGUGGUGUGUGGUUGUAGAGCGUUUGGAAUAUGUUUCCUAUUUGGUCUGGGAGGUCGCUUUUGUCCCCAUUCGGGUUGCAGAUGCGCGAUAUUUUUUGGGCCUCGAUGCAACGUUUCAGGCGUCGUGCUAGCAUGGUAUCGGCUUUGUUGCCCUUUUCAUAGUAUUUUUUUUUUUAAGCCAAAGGAGGGCUUUAGAGGUGUCCUCUAGUGUAAGGUGCUUUAGCAGCGCCCGGGCCGCUGUCAGUUGGUCUAGGAGGGCCCUGGUCGGUUGCUAGACUUAUUCAUUUGCCUCGGAUUACAGCUUUGUUAGCUGCCCACAGGGUGAUAGGUGAUAUCACUCUGGGGCUUGUGUUGAUUUUGAAAUAAUCCGCGAUGUCUGUGGAUAUAGUCUCAGUGAUAAGGGCAUCAUGCAGUAACAGGGGGUUCAGUUUCCAGGACCAGGGCCUCGUUAGGUUUAGGAUGCGCAGGAUCAGAGUAAUGCUAGUGGAAGCUGUCUGAGAGAGGAUGUUGGGAGUCACCAAGAAAUGGUCUAUUUGGGAGUAUGACUUAUGGGGGUGGGAGUAAAAUGUGAAGUCUUUGGUGGAUGGAUGUUGUGCCUGCCAGAUGCUGAUGAGGUUUUAACAGGAGAGGAAUUGUUGGAAUUGGAUGUCACCUCUGGAUGGGUGGGCUGGGUCCUGUAUGUGGUGUGAUCUGUCUAGGUGUGUGGAGUGGACCGCAUUGCUCUUCCCCCCCCCCCCAUCACCAGGCGGGUGUUGGUCAGUGUUGCAACGUGUGCUGAGAGUGUCUGCCAGAAGUCGGGGUCUGGAUGUGUGAGUGCGUAAAUGGAGCAAAAGGAGUAGCUGCUGGUCCCUAUUUUCCCGGUGAUCGUAAGGAAUCGGCCCGAGGGGUCUGUGGUCGAGGUGACAUCCGUCAGUGGGCAAUUGGACUUCAGAAUGAUGGCUACACCUUUCGUUUUGGUGUCUGGGGAGUUAGCAAAGUAGCAAGAUUUGUAGUAGCGUUUAGUGAGGGGGAAUUGUUUGUGUAUGGUGAAAUGGUUUUUUUUUUUUUUUUGUACCAUAAGGAUGUCUGUGUGCUGUCUAUGGGCCCAUCUGAGGAGAGCAUGCCUUUUUGAGUUAAGACCCUUUGCAGUUAUAGAAGUGCAUUUAAGGUGUAGUGGCAUCUUGCGUGGUCUCGUGGUUCUUUUAUUCCUAGAGUGCAGAUGUGGGCGGGUGGUGGAUAGGGGGAGGGGGAGGCGCAGGGCCCCGUCUCCCGGACCGCCCGGGUCAGGAGACUAGGGGUGUGACUACUGGGCUUACAAAUUAGGCUAGUAGUGUGUGGGGAGCGUCGUCCGACAGCUCCGUGACUGGUGUGAGUUGGUGUGUAGUGGGGGUAUUCUGUGGGUUAAGAGUGAUGGGGGGUGUGUCGUCCACAGGUGGAGUUUCCGUAGGGCCGGUAUGGGAUCCCCUACGUGCCUAAGUAGUCUCCAUAUCUCCCCGAGCAUCCCCACCCCCCUCCCCGUAUGAGGAAGAAGCUUACAUACAACAUGUCACAUAUGAUUAAGGUAUAACAUUUAACAUCGUCUUAGGAGAAACAUAACAUUAAUGUGCAAGACAUAUAGCCCAAGGACGUGCCUCGGGAUCUAUCUUCAACCUUGAGACGGUGGUGAAGGCCACCUUUCCCCAUUGUCAUCUGGUUGCGUCCUACUGAAGGACUGACUGGCCCUAGUACAGUGAUCAGGAGCCUCUGGCUGAGUGCCUUGCUUAAUCUAUCCUCCCUCUCCCCAUCUUACCUACCAAGGCUGGCUGUCGUCUGUAUUACCCUUGUUUAAAAUAAAAUUUUCUUUCUUUUCCCUCAGGAUGGCUGCUCGGUGCUUCUGGGAUGCUGACACAGACAACUAUGCUGAAUAUGUUUUUACAAAUGUAAGAUAAUGAUAUUUUAAUAAUUAUUAUACAUAAGUGAACAGUGUACUGUUUUUGUUUGCAAAUUCCUAUGGUUUCUUUAAAAGGAUAGUCCAGGUAUGAACUUCUUGCUUACUGUAUCUAGAUAAGUAUCAACCACCACUCACUACUCAUCAGGGCAUAAAUGUUCAUCUGAUGUUUAGGCAUCUCUUAAGAGGAGAUUGCUAAAAUUUCAGAUUUGAAUUCCCCCAUGUGGGUUGGAUCAGUCUGAUAUGCAGAUGGUGUAUGCUAUCUCUGCAAUCCUGAAACUGAGCUAAACCUAGCAUGACACCUGUGUGUACACCUACCAAAGUUAAAGCAGUUAGUGGGUUAUUUUGUUCUCAGUGUUCACAAGUGCUUUAUUUUUGUUUGUUUAACUAAGUGAACAUGUCAGUCUCUCAGUCAUUUAUAAAACAAAAUCAUAGAGUUCUCACUUUCCUAACCCAUUUUACCCUCUUUUUUUGUCUUCCACGACAGAUUAUCAGGAGCCACAUUUUCUGUCAUUAGUUGAUAAAACAGAAAUUAGCAGACUCACCAGGAGCCUCCAUGCAUGUGUUUUUAAAAAAGGAUGCAAUAAUGGGCACUGGGCUAGCAGAGUCCUUGAAACACACUAAAUAAUAUAUAUAAGCCUUGAUGAGCUUUCCAAUGAUUAGUCUACAAAAUUCCCAUAGACUUAAUGAUGCCUUCUAAUUUGGCUUUCUAGCAGUAUUGAGUAAUUUGGAAAGCUUAUUAAAUCAAUGUCAUAUUUAGCAGCUUUAAAUAUGGUAAAGUCCAUUUCAGUGGUACAAACUAGAUCUGCCUGCAAGUCCAAAAUGGAGACAACAUUACUGGGUAUUUAAUCAUAGCUAGAAAAUAUUUAGGAUUUUAUAGUGAUCAAGACAAAAGGGAACUUGUACUUGUAGAAUAUACAAAUUGUACAACCUUCAUAACAAUGGCAUGAUUGUGUGUGGUCUUAAUGUGUAUUGAAUUGAUUUUAUAGAGGGCAUUAGAAUUUAUAUACAUAUAGAAAAGCAAUAACAAUGUUUUUACUAAAUCUAUUCUUUCUCUUCUUUUUAGGACUAUUUAUUUUGUGUGGUUGCUGCCUUUGGAUGCUUCUACUAUUAGUAUAAAAAGAGACAAAUAUUUCUUUAUGACAAAUAUUUAAAAUGUACAUAUAACACAACGGGAUGCACUUUCUUCCCUAGAAACAUAAUAUUGAUGUAAAUAACCAUACCAAUUAUGUCAUUCAGUAAGGAAUAAAAUAUUUAUGUACUGUU